CGUGUGAAAAUUUUGUUUCUUAUUUUAUAUAAAUUUUUUUAAUUGAUUUUAAUUAUUUUAUUUUAUACUAAAAAUUAUAAUAUAGCAGCAAAAAGAAGGUGUCGGAAGAAUUUUAGGGUUUAAAUGAUAAAUUUUUGUUUUGACCGAUGGCUUAUUCCUGCUAUUAACCAUUAGAAUUUUCCCCUAUUUUCUUGUAGCUCGAAAAUUAGAAUUUCAUAAAGAUUGAACUUCCUGUUUUCACCUUCACCUUUUCCAGAGAAAAAAAAAACAUUAGAAAAAGUAAAGAUUCAACAGGUGAAUCAACCCCGAGCACCUCACCGAUUCGACACAACACUUUGACAAAAGGGGAAAAUCUUGAAACUUGAAGACAGAGAGCAGAGGACUGAACUGGGAGUCGACGCUUCGUCCCAACUCCGCCAUUCUCGUAACUCUCUCCGUCCUAAGAUCAAUAGCUGUUUUGGUCUUCUUGGGUUAACUUUUAGCUCUGUAAUCAAACGUUAUUAUGUCAAGUAGGUUGUUGCUUUGUUAUUUGUGGCAGAGGUAGAAUGGGAGGUCCUUCACGGCAGUGUCAAGUUUGCAACCAAGCUCAAUCCAAGUACAAGUGCCCCUCUUGUCUUGUUCCUUAUUGUUCUCUGGCAUGUUUCAAGAGACACAAAGAAACCCCCUGCACCAAGCCAAAAUCCACAGAGGAAAAUUCUGGAACCCCUAGUGUCAAGUCAGAAUCCGCUAAUGUUGCAGAAACCACCAGUGUCAAGCUGGAGUCCAGUAAUGAUGCAGGGACCCCCAGCCUCAAGCCAGAAUCCUCUAAAGAAAGAUCCACUUCUUCCAGUGAAGUCCGCAAAGCUUUAAAGGAUGAACAUCUUCAAAAACUCAUCUCUGAUAUUGAUAGCUCCCCAGAUGCUAUGAAUGAACUUGACAAAGCUAUGGGGGUGGAUGUAUUCCGCAUUUUCAGUGAUAAGAUUUUAUCUGCGAUCAACCCAUGACCACAUAUUGUCAUAGCAAGCAAAAAGAUGUUUGUACUGGAAGGCUCGUAUUUUGGAAGGUCUUUCGCUGACUCUACCGGAUGUCAAUAUAAUUAUGUCCAAGUUUUGUGUGAUUGUAGAGAAGUUAUCCUGCCGUCUUGGCUCGAGCCUGGUCAGGGGAUGAUGUUUCGUUAAGUUGAGAAUGGAGGCUGAUUAAAUGUAUUAAUUGGCUAAACUCUUCCUUGGGUUUGCAAUCACAUUUUUGUUAUGUGGUGUCAUGUGCAGAGUUUAUAUCUCAAUGAAAAUGCCAGCUAUGGGCUUUCUUAA